CAUUACAUACGGCUUCGGGCGUGACAUCAUUACUAGAUUAUAAACAGACAAGGUUACUGCGAACCCAGUCAACGUUUGUCACUUUUUGUCUUUGUCACAUUAGAUACUAGGUUUGAUAUCUGUGGAGGGCUUUCUCAAGACAUGGCGUCAAAUGAUUAUUCUCAACCUGCUGCACAGGGGUAUGGUCCCUAUGGGGGCCAGGUUAACCAGGGUUAUGGUCAGUCCUCCAAUCAGAGCUACAGCCAGCCAGGCUAUGGAAGCUACAACCAGAAUUCUGAUUAUAACUCUGCCCCAUACAGCCAGGGAGGCUAUAGUUCAAGCUAUGGCCAGUCACAGUCUGGAGGAUAUGGCUCACAGCCCACUUCCCAGGGCAGCUACAACCAGUCCAGUCAGCCUUACAGCUCUGGAGGCUACAAUAGCAGCAGUCAACCUCCUCAGAGUGGCUAUAACCAGCAGUCAUCCUAUUCUGGCUAUGGGCAACAGCAGCUUUCUGCGCCAUCUUCUGCAAACUAUGGUAAUAAUUCCCAGUCCCCGAACUAUGGGCAGCAGCAGAGUGGAGGCAGCUAUGGCAGCCAGAGUGGAGGCAGCUACGGAGGAAGCGGAGGGCAAAGCGGUGGUUAUGGGGGUAGCGGAGGCCAGCCACAGAGCUCCCAGCAUGGGGGGGCUCCUUAUAGUCAGACAUCCAGCUACAACUCACCCCCACCCCAGAGCUACGGUCAGCAGAACCAGUAUGGCCAGAGUGGAGGAUAUGGACAGGAUGCUCCGCCUAUGAGUGGCGGUGGUCGAGGAUAUGGGGGCCAGGAUGGAGGUUAUGGAGAUCAUGAUGGACGUGGUGCUAGGGGCCGUGGAGAGGAUGGAGAAUAUGGAGGUCGCGGGGCGGAUCGAGGUUUUGACCGUGGUGGCCGUGGUGGACCAAGAGGUAGAGGGGGCAUGGGAAUGGGCGAUCGAGGAGGAUUCAAUAAGUUUGGUGGUCCAAGGGACCAGGUUACUGGGGGCCCCAACUCCAUGCCAGACCAGGAUAACUCUGACAACAACACCAUCUUUGUACAAGGCCUUGGAGACUCCUAUACCGUGGACUCUGUGGCAGAUUUCUUCAAGCAGAUUGGCAUAAUCAAGAUCAACAAGAAGACGGGCCAGCCAAUGAUCAACCUCUACACGGACAGAGAGUCAGGGAAGCUCAAAGGCGAGGCUACCGUGUCUUUUGAUGAUCCCCCCUCAGCCAAGGCUGCAAUCGACUGGUUUGAUGGGAAAGACUUUAACGGAAACCCCAUCAAGGUGUCCUUUGCCACCCGCAGAGCAGACUUUGGGGGCAGGGGUGGCGGCAUGAGAGGAGGUGGUCGUGGACGAGGAGGUGAGAAUCAGCUUGUUGGCCCGAUGGGUCGUGGUGGGUUCGGAGGAGGCCGAGGAGGUGGAUUCUCUGGUGGCAACGGAGGAAGUGGUGGUGGACAGCAGAGGGCUGGAGACUGGAAGUGUUCAAACACGGAUUGUGGCAACUUGAAUUUCUCAUGGCGUAACGAGUGUAACCAAUGCAAGGCGCCCAAACCUGAUGGGGCUGGAGGGAUGUCACCUCCUUUGGGAGGAGGAGGUUACGGAGGAGAUGGAGGCAGAGGCAGCUUUGACCGUGGAGGCUUCCGGGGCCGGGGUGGGGACAGAGGGGGCUUCAGAGGGGGCCGGGGGGGUGACCGGGGAGGAUUCGGGCCUGGCAAAAUGGACGGGAGGGGAGAACACAGACAGGAUCGUCGAGACAGACCCUAUUGAUCGACAGUCCAGGCUGGAACAUACCUUCACAUUUCCUUCAACUCUGUCCCAGUGUACUAGAAUCAGCACCGAUUCCCAACCUGCCUGGGAGUAGCUACCCACCUACAACCCCAACUCUUUUAUACAUUUCUAGAAUCUGUUACUGGGAGUGUGUAUUCUAACCAUGUGUAGACAUGACACAUUUUUUGUCUGUCUCUCUUCCUUACAAGUAGACACACACUCACUGAUUUGCAAACCUCUGUAUUUCCUUAGUUUAGUGUUCCUAAUUUGAAGAAAAAAGCUGUUGUUGAAGAUACAUAUUACGUUGCAGUAAAUGAGGUUGCUUGGAUUAUUUACCGUUUGAUUUUAAAUGAAAGUGUUUAUAAAAUAAAACGACUAGCAUA